AUGGCGGCUCAAGGCACAGGCCUAGGCUCGGACUCGCUCGCUAUCCAUGAUGUCGAGCCCACUAUGCCAAGUAACCUAGUUACCAAUGUGAAGGCUCAGCAAAGUAUCAUCCCUGAGUCGUACGACCUUGGCGCGCGUGAUGAGAACCCAACCACUGAUGAACUUCAUGGUCCCAACGCCUUGCGUCGCAUCUCAGCUCCGAUUCCCUGGGUCGUCUACACCGUUGCAUUCGUUGAACUGUGCGAGCGUUUCUCCUACUACGGAACACAGGUCCUCUACUCCAACUUUGUGAACCACGCACUUCCCCUUCCUGCCCCGAAUGGCCCUCCCGGAUCAAACCACGCUACUGGAGCCGGUGGCCCUAGCUCCCAGGGUGUAUCUGGUGCUUUGGGCAAGGGUGUUGAAACUGCCAGUGCCAUCAACACCUUCAACACCUUCUGGUGCUACUGCCUUCCUCUGGUGAGUGCCUACAUCGCCGAUGAGUACUGGGGACGAUACAAGACCAUCUCCUGGUCUAUUGGGGCCGCCAUUCUAGGUCAUAUCAUUCUAGUUGUCUCUGCCAUUCCCCCGGUGAUCACAAACACAGAUGCUUCCUUUGCUGUGUUCGUUCUGGGUGUGAUAAUCAUGGGCUUGGGUACUGGUGGCUUCAAGCCCAACAUAUCCGCCCUGGUUGUCGAGCAGAUACCUACUGUCAAUCUCAAGGUGCGUACCCUUGAAACUGGUGAGCGUGUCGUCAUCGACCCGACUAUCACCCAGAGCCGUAUCUACCACUACUUCUACAUGUUCAUCAACAUCGGCGCAUUGAUGGGUCAGAUCGGCAUGGCAUAUGCGGAGAAGUAUAUCGGUUUCUGGUUGGCCUUCCUGCUGCCCACCAUCAUGUUCCUGACUACUCCAUUCAUUAUGUUGUGGGGUCGUAAGCGCUAUCGCCAGUCUCCCCCCGCAGGCUCGGUGACUUACAAGGCCAUCAAGACAUUCUUCUUCUGUAUGCGAGGCCGCUGGCACUACAACCCAUACAUCUUCUGGAAGCGAACGCACGAUGGCACUCUCUGGGACACCGCGAAGCCUUCUAACAUAGAGCCCCGAUUCCGGCCCAAGUGGAUGACCUUUGACGAUGCAUGGGUGGAUGAAGUUCGCCGUGGAUUUGCCGCUUGUGCUGUCUUUUGCUAUUUCCCGGUCUACUGGUUAGCCUACAACCAAUUGACAAACAACCUCACCGCACAGGCCGGCACGAUGACCUUGAAGGGCGUUCCAAACGACGUUGUGAACAAUCUUGACCCCUUGGCGCUACUCAUCUUCGUCCCGCUCUGUGACACAUUCCUUUACCCCGGGUUGCGCAAAAUGGGUAUCCAAUUCACGGCCAUCAGAAAGAUCACCCUUGGUUUCUUACUGGCGUCUCUCUCCAUGAUCUGGGCUGCUGUCAUCCAGUACUACAUCUACAAAACUUCGCCCUGCGGCUACCGAGCUAACAAUUGCUAUACCGACGAUGGCAGCGUUAACCCGUCUCCUAUCAUUGUCUGGGCUCAGACUGGUUCAUACAUCCUGGUUGCGAUAUCGGAGAUCUUUGCCAUCAUCACCUCGAUGGAGUAUGCCUACUCGAAGGCGCCUCGCAAUAUGCGUUCCCUCAUCCAGGCUAUCAAUAUGUUCACCAACGCCAUCUCCGCCGCCCUCGCCGAGGCUUUGAUCACGCUUUCCAGGGACCCUCUGUUGAUCUGGAAUUAUGCGGUCUUUGCUAUCUUGACCUUUGUCGGUGGAACCAUCUUCAUUAUCCAGUUCUGGGAUCUAGACAAGGAGGAGGAUGAGUUGAACAACUUGCCCGAGGGUCAUGUGCAGGCUAACGAGAACGUGGAGGACCAGGCAGUGGUUGAACAUGCCGAGAUUGGCGCUAGUCGUGGCUGA